UGUUUUUGAAAAUAUUAUAGAAAUUCAAAAUGGUAUUUAAAGACGUGUUGGAUCAUUGUUAUGUGUUGGUUUAAGCAAACAGACAUCAUGAAACUUACAUUAUUUUUGUCCGUCUUUUUAGCGGUGGUCAGCAUCGUCUUUUCCGGACAGGCUUUGGUGCCUAAAGAAGAAGGUAAACCAGGUCAUUGUUACGAUGAAGAAACAGGGCCAAUGGAAAAAGGAGACGUAAAACAGAUCUUAAACAAAUGUACUCUAGCGACUUGCACUGAUGAUGGAACCAUGGUGCUACACACGUGCGGAGCUGCAGUAAUAGAUGGCAAGCGAGUGAAACCCGACUUUUCCAAAUCCUAUCCGGAAUGUUGUAAUGUCUGAACAAAUAAAUAUUGAUUGUAUAAAUAUCUGAAUAUGCAUUAAAAAUCUUGAAUCAAUAAGAA